AUGGUCAAUCGAUGGAACAAGGCUAUCGCUGUUGGGCUCCGGCACAACCACGACAUUUCCUUCAUUGCGACGCAGCGCAAGACCAUGGCCCUUAUGUAUUAUGUCACGAACUACGCGACGAAGGUGGAGGACCCGGUGUGGAAGCGUGUGGCGGCCGCGGCCGAUCUCCUGGCCGCCUCAACGGGUGACGGCACGGCCAACGGAGGACAGGACGACGGUGGAGGUGCUGUCGAGGUCGUCGCUCAUCUUCUUGGAUAUCCGGCCGAGUUCACCAACAGCAGCGCCUGGGCGUACCUGAACACAUCUCUGCUGUACUGGGAAGUCUUUCGACGGUGGCCGUAUCUCCGACGAGCAAGUGGCGCGGCGGCCAUAGAUGAUACUCUGGAUGAGUCGGUGCUCAGGCGGCCGGGCAAGCAUGCUACCGUCUGCCUCGAUGGCUACCUGAGCAAGGACUUCGGCCACAACGACGACGAGGAGUCGUGCCACCGGAGGGCAGCCGUGCAGCAUCUUGCGCUAUUUGUGCCGUGGGAGUCCUUUCUGUGCGAAGAAACAGCCGAAGACGCAAAGCGCGACGCCAAGCAAUGGGCGGCCUCAUCCGGCGAUGGCGAUUCCACGGUCGCCCACGUCGAGGAGGGCGAGACAGGCGAGGCGGGCGCAGAAUUUGCAGCGACGUAUCGGUCCAACAACAUCGGAGACGCAACGCGCCUGAUCGACGUCGUCCGAGGCGCAGUGGGCACGAAUCAGGUGACGGCCAAGUCGCCGGAGCUCAUGGCAAUGAUGCGGCAGCUCUGUCGAUUCCAGCAAUCGGCGCUCUGCUCAACGGCCGAGCUCGAGGCCAUCGCGAUUCCCGAACAAGGGUUGAGGUGCAUAAGCAUGCCAGGGCGGGUAUUUUCCGGGGCCGCACUACCGCCGCAGGAUCAGGUCAAGGCUAUCAAGUCGCAGCAGAUAACGAUCGCCGAGCUGCGUUGCGGAGGUGAUGACCGGCUUCGGGAGGACGACGUCGAAAUGACGACAGCCGACUCCGACGAGACGGCUAGCGACGCAGAAGCGGGAAUGCGCGUCCAGCUUGGCCCAUCGACCUCCUUCUUCGCGGCGGGCAAGGAGUUGUCAACACGGCUAACGCUGAACAAGAGGCAGUCGAUCGCUUUCCUAAUAAUAUGCCGCCAGCUCGAUUUGAUGCGACAAACGAAUAGGGGCGAUGCCGGCCAGCUCUGCCAGUUCGUCGGCGGCGAGGGGGGCACCGGCAAGUCGCGGAUCAUUGGGGCACUCGUCGAGCUGUUCAGUGGGAAGAGCCUUUCGAAUCGUCUGCUGAUCACGGCGACGUCAGGGACUGCCGCGGCGCAGAUCAACGGCAUCACGAUCCACUCCGCCUGCGGGUUCACUAAAGACCAAGGGGCGGGCGGCGCGAACACAGCCAAGGACCUUGACGGGGUGCGGCUGGCAAAACGGGCGGAGCGGUUCAUCCACGGCCAGUCUCGGAUGGACUGGCAGGAGAAGGACGUGCUUGUCAUCGACGAGGUGAGCAUGCUCGGAGCGCGGACGCUGCACGCCAUAAACGAGCGACUCUGUCGGCUUCGCGGAUCGCAGAAAGAUUUCGGGGGGAUCCCCAUCGUCCUCUUCUGCGGAGACUUUCAGCAGUUCCGGCCGGUCCAAGAGAGGUCGAUCGUCCUGCCGAGCGCGGCCAUCUCGUGGGACGUAGACAACUCGUUCAAGGCCGAGCAGCGGCACCAGCACGACAAAGCGCACGCGCUGUGGAAGAGAUUCACGACGGUCGUCAUGUUGAACGAGCAAAUGCGCGCCGCCGGACCGCACGGAUCUGGACCUCCUCAACUCAGGUGCUACCGCGAGGGCAGGCGGAUCCCUUGGGAGACUGGCAUCACCGUGGUGACGCCGCUGAACAGGAAUCGGUGGAACCUAAACAUGGAGGCAAGCUUGGCGUUCCGGGUCCAGCAGCGGUCGACGAUGCGCAUCUUCAUCUCCGAGCACAAGUGGAAGGAGGGCCUGCCGACCGAGGAAGAAGCGAUCAUGGUACUCAAUCAAGGCGACGAUAGCGCGAUCCCCGUGCCGGCCGUCUUCAUGUUCGUGGCCGGGAUGCCGGUCGUCGUGAACCACAACACCCAUCAGGGGCUGAAGCUGGUGAACGGCGCCGGCUACUCGGCGGUGGAGGUCAUUGUCGACAAGGCGUCCCCAGGGCAUCGAAUCUCGUCCGACAUGACGAUCCACUUCGGGCCGCCGGCGGGAUAUUACUGGAAUCGGCGACGACAAAGGACCUCCACUUCGUCGGGAUGCCGCCGGGCACGAUCUUGUUAA